AUCUGCCUCAACGGUCGGCUUCACUUCCUGGAGGUCUUCGGUUCAGUUAGCUUAGCUGCGGGCUAACUGAGCUAGCAACAACAGCUAGCGUUACGAAAAAAAAGGUGUUUUCUGCCUUUUCACAUCUGCCAACGUGAAGCUAGCUCGUAGGCCUGCCGCUUGAGCUUAUGUGUAUUCCCAACUGGACACUUGUGGUACCUUCCUGUGACCUGUAUGUGAGGUCUCAGCCCUAAAGGAGCGGGUCAUAGACGGGAGGAGAGACUCGGAGGAAAUUAUCUGGCCACAGGAGCCUGGAUACGUGUUUUAAUUUUGACUCAGCCCCUGAAACACAACCACAGACAAGCAAGUGAUUUUUUUUUUUUCUCCAGCAAAAACUACAAGCAUGGAGGCCAUAGCAAAAUACGAUUUCAAAGCCACUGCUGAUGACGAGCUUAGUUUUAAGCGUGGAGAAGUCCUCAAGGUAUUAAAUGAAGAGUGUGAUCAGAACUGGUACAAGGCGGAGCUAAACGGAAAAGACGGCUUCAUUCCCAAGAAUUACAUAGAGAUGAAAGCCCACCCGUGGUUCUUCGGGAAGAUCCCCCGAGCCAAAGCAGAGGAGAUGCUGAACAAACAGAGGCACGACGGGGCCUUCCUCAUCAGAGAGAGCGAGAGCGCACCGGGAGACUUCUCUCUCUCUGUGAAGUUCGGAAACGACGUCCAGCACUUCAAGGUUCUCCGUGACGGUGCGGGGAAGUAUUUCCUCUGGGUGGUGAAGUUUAACUCCCUCAACGAGCUGGUGGAUUACCAUCGCUCCACCUCGGUCUCCCGCAACCAACAAAUCUUCCUGCGAGACAUCGAGCAGGUCCCCCAGCAUCCCACGUACGUGCAGGCUCUGUUCGACUUCGACCCGCAGGAGGAAGGCGAGCUGGGUUUCCGGCGCGGCGACUUCAUCCAGGUCCUCGACAACUCCGACCCCAACUGGUGGAAAGGAGGCUGCCACGGCCAGACGGGCAUGUUCCCCCGCAACUACGUCACGCCCGUCAACCGGAACAUGUAAAACAGUCAGAACCAUGUAAACAACAACAACAACAACACCACCCACCCACCACCAUCAUUUUGAUCUCAUCCCAUCAACCCCUCCACCUCCACACACCCCCCCCCCUUGUUCUUCUUGGGGAGAUCAGGGGGGAGUCAGCGCUGCGUCCGGAUCAGACGGAGGGGAACGGUCUUCUGUCCUCUCCUUAACUUCUUAACAUUCUGCCUUUUCUUUUGUGUUCCUCUUUUCUUUACUCUCUUCUUUGCCGCAUGUUGUUUUAAUCACCGUAAAAAAAAAAGAGAAAAAAAACCUGUUUUAAAACAAAAAAAACGAUUUUAAAAAAGUAAAAAAAAUAAAAUAAAGACGAAGAAAAGGAUUUAAAAAAAAUGUACAAAGAAGAAGAAGAAGAAGAAGCAAUCUACAGACGGCGGGUUGUGUGAGAUCAUUGGCACGUGAGCAUUGUACAUCGGCCUCUCGGCUGUAUAAAUAAAUCAACUAUAGAGAGAAUCCAUUUUUUAAGAAUAUAUAUUAUAUAUUUGUAUGUGUUUGUCUGUUUUACCUCUCAUCACAAAUUGUAUUUUUUUCCAUUUUUGUAAAUUAUGUUCUGUUAGUCUGGAUAAGACCGAGUAGCUCUAGGACAAAGUGCUGAAUUGUCUGUCUUUUUUUUUCUGAAUAUAUCUGGGGGCUCUCGGAUAGAAACGGCAUGAUGUGAGACGGGGUCAUAAUUCCAUUUUGAACGAACGUCUCUGAAAUGAUUCACAGAGGAGGAAGAGGAGGAGGAGGGGAGGAGGAGAGCCAGGGAUGCUGCAGAGAAAAGCUGUUGUGUUAUACAAAGUGUAAAAAAAAAAACUAAGAGGGUGAGCCACCUUUUCAAAAGUAUUUAUUGCAGCCGUUUCUUCUGGGGGGGGGGGGGGGCAGUGAAUGUAGCUGUAGACAUUAACGAGAGGGAAGCAGCACGGUCGGAGAACUGAACUAAAAACACACAAAAAAUAAAACAUGCAAGGGAUUUAAAUAUAAAAAGGGUGUGUGUGUGUGUGUGUGUGUGUUGCAUAUUCACACACGCUAAUGACAUGCAUGCAUCUCCUCCUUGUUAUACCUGCACGUAGCAAAGAGGCGGAGCUCGUUCGGAUAAUCACAUGUAAUCAGACAGGAAGUGAGAGACGUCUUUACGCUCAGUCGAGGAAUCGGCUUCUUUUCCUUUCUUAUGUUUUUGUCUAGCACUUUUUGAUUUCUAGUCCAGUGUGUGUGUGUGUGUGUGUGUUACUGUGUUUUCUCUCUGGAUAGUGCCUUUCUCUCUGGUGUUUCAGUGUCUCCGACCUGCUACUUUGAGCCCCCCCCCCCCCAUCCGCACCCUCCUGCUGCCAGUCCUGCAGUGAGAUAAACAGUGUACAUAGUAAAUCAACAUUUCCCCCCCCCCCACACACACACACACACCUUCUACAUCAGCCCGCCUCCUCCUCCACCCCUCCCCUCACCACCAUGGAACUCUUCUUAUUUAAGUGUCUCUCGCCUUGUCUUACCUAAUGACCCUGUUUUUGUUUUUGGCUCUUUUUUUUAUUUUGCAUUUGUUUUUUUGUUUUUUCAAUUAAUAAAAUGCAAUUAUUAAAAAAUGAGAA